UGCCAGAGGUUACCUUUAUAACCGAGCACUGCCAGCGGGAGAGAGGAUUACUUUAUUCAAGACCACCAUGUGUUAAUUACAAGUUUCGAGAUUCCGUUUCUGCACCGAGGUCCAAUUAAAGGGGGCCCUGACGUUAAAACAAUGUCGCGCGCAGAGAUGGAAAUACCGGGACGCGGUUUCCCGGGUCUGUCGGUGGACAUGUCCGAGGGGGACUGCCUGUCCCGGGUGUCCGUGUUCAGGCCCCACGGUCUAGGCGCGCGGCGGAACUCCUAUGGCUUGCAUAAAAUCACCAUGGACAUCGACUCCCCGCUGUACAGCGGGGUCCUGUCCAAGGCGCUGUCAUGGUCCGCCGAGAACAUACUGUCGCUCCCAGAGUCCCGGGCCGAGGAGGAGGCGGGUAAGACGGACGACUCGCCGAAGUCCCCGUCCAAGUCACCGUCCCCCUCCCCAACCUCGAGCAUCUGCACCGUCGCCUCCCUCACGCCCCACUGCAGCGCAGCCUCGGAGGCUGUCCUGCUCACGGACACCUGGGCCUCCGUCCCGGCCUCCUCCUCUUCCGUCCCCCAGGAUGCGAGCUCGGACUCGGACACCGAACUCCACGUCCCCCACAGCAAACCGCACAAGGUGCUGUCGCGGCUCCCCUACCAGAGCAAGAGGGAGCAGGAUGAGAAAGAGGAGAUCGAGACCAAAGCUGUGGCCACUUCGCCCGAUGGAAGAUAUCUCAAGUUCAACAUCGAGAUCGGAAGGGGUUCGUUCAAGACCGUCUAUAAAGGGCUGGACACGGAGACCACGGUGGAGGUGGCGUGGUGUGAGCUACAGGUGAGUGGGGAAGGACCUGUUGAUCUGCUUUGACAACAUGGAGCCCUGUUGUCUUUAUUUCUAUUGCCUGAUAAUAACAGGUUAAAUACAUUCAUACAAUCAUUAAUUGUGCUAUUUUUAUUUAGUUAAUUUGGCCUCAUUAUGGGUUUUUUUCCUGAGAUAACAUUAUGUGCGCAUAACAUGCUAUUUAAGGUACACUUUAUCAUUGUUUCCGGUAUGAAAAUAGUCUGGCCAUAGGCUUGUUAAGGAAACUGCUGCCUAUUUGUCUCUAGUGGUUACUUACAGGCCACCUCAAAAAAACUAGGCCUUUUGUUAGGUGGAUAAUCUGCUUUUUCGCGACCUUGGAACUGGGUUUGUGUCACCCACACACAGCUGACUUGGCCAUCCCUCCAACAAUCCACUCCGACUCUCUCAGUCUGCUGUGAGCCUCGGUAAUCUCUGUUGUUGUAAUCAGCAACCGGUGACCCCAACAUCGGUUCCUCACCCCUACACCCACUCACGUUAAACCGACACCACCGUCUUUAUACCCCCUAUAAAACGUAUCAUAAAUUGCAAAAAUGGAGUAUCACUCGCAAACCCCCCGUCCUAAAGAAAAGUCUUACAGUGUGGGAAAUCUGGUUUAGGUCGGUGCUUCUCAUGAGGACCGCCGUCCCCCCCUCUCCCAGGCCACCCGGUAACACGGUAGCCCUGUGAAGACACGUGGAUACACAACAAGCACAACAGCCAUAACACCCCUGAUUAUGAAAAGGCUUGACUCAGGCUGCUCGCAUCAAACAGCCUGCUUGACAGCUGCUCUAGAACCGUGGAGGGGUUUACAGAGUAAAGCCUGUUAAGUCUUCUCUGAACGCUGGCUAUUCUGUCCGGCGCAUGUCCGUAGCGGUUUUCUUGGCGAGUGGUCAGGUGAGGUCAGGGGAGUUAAGUCCUCCUCUGUUAUCUCACGGUUGGCCUAGUUAGUGGUUUGCCUCUACUAACCCAGUUUGAUUAGCGCGCCACCCGUUCCACCACCCAGUAUGUACGUAUGUAUAUAUAGUUUAAUAUGGGCCGGCGCACGCGCACACACACAAACACUGACGCACAAGCACGCACACACAUUAGGGGGACAUAUGUUUCUUGAAGGCUGAGAGCAGUGGAUCACAUGAGGUGAAAGUGUCACAGGACAGGUGGGGGGAGGGACGGGGAGGGCACUCUGUACCACGCUGUCCCACCUGUCAGGAUGAACAACAGGUGUGUGUGUGUGUGUGUGUGUGUGUGUGUGUGUGUGUGUGUGUGUGUGUGUGUGUGUGUGUGUGUGUGUGUGUGUGUGUGUGUGUGUGUGUGUGUUGUGUGAGUGUGUCACUCUCGCUUGCAGGCCUGGAGCUGUCACCAGCUGUCACAGUUCUUACACUGACAAACACAUUACUUUAAAGAGGCCUUGCAUGUUCCACUCAUUAACAAGUGGAUUGGAGUGAGAGGACAAGGCAUCAUCACGGAUGUCCUAGUCUACUGCGAGCGACCACGUCAUUUAUUUUGAAAAUUGAUAUACUGCUUCCCUGAAUCCCUGUUGGUCACCUAGGUUCGUUUGGGAAACACCCAUUUGACAAAUGUUUGCAUUGAAGUGACCCAUAAAACAACCACAUUCACCAGUUGAAACAAGUUCAGUUGUCUUAUCUCUAAUAACAACACGAUUAAGAAACCUUAGCUGGCUGGUGGGAAGGUGAUGUAGAACUCCGCCUUCAGUUCCACCACCCAGCUAUCUGUUUGAACCAAGAUGGCUGCUUGGUUACAGAAGCCCCAUGAACACAGAAAUCUACCGUGGGAGUACCUACUGAACCGGCUCAGUUAAACUGUAACAAACUAAACGGAGACACUAGCCUUCAUCAGGCAGCAUCUGUUUAAUGAUGUAUGGCGAACGCCAGAGGUGCAAUCCGCCUGGCAGAACGACGUGAAGAGAGUCGUUUGAUUAUAAUGUGUGUUGGAACAGGUUUCCCCAUCACCUUAUGACAGGCACGCACAUGUAGGUGCCUUAAUCUCUGUACAAAUAGCUAACUUAUACCUGGCACUGUAUUCCUCCAUGAAUGGCUGAACGCGAGGCGCUUUACACUAAUUGUAAAGAGCUUUGAGUGGGAAAGAAAGGAUGGAAAAACACUUUAUCAAUGCAGUCAGAAUGAAGUCAAUUCUUAACGUUAGCCAAUCAGCAUCAGAAGCUAGGCUAACACGAGAGCAGUUGGCGCACGGAGGCCGUACUGAACAAGGAUUUCCUUGUGUUCCAUGUUUAGAAUCAGUCCUAGCAUUAUGCCAAACUGCGCCAGACAGGCUAAUCCCCCCCAGUGAGUUAGCUUCCUAGCAACACAGCCCUCCAAAGGUGCACAAGAUAUAGACGCUAUAUAGCCCCAACAUUCAGAGAUGUUUACAGAUCAUUAAACAUUAAUGAGGUGUCGUCUGGUCGUGUUUCCCCGGUGGAGGUGAGGUUUUGUGCUCAUUAGAUGGCCUUCAAGGUAGGGCUAGCACAACCUAAACACAAGGAAGGAGCCAGCGCCACCUAAACAAUCCCAAUAGUUUGUAGUAGGUCCAACGCAUCGUCAUGGUUCUGAACUGCUUCUAGGUCAGUUUCUGCAUUCUCAAUUCUGCAUUCAAUCAGAUCCCCACUGACAUCCAGCGUUUAGAACCAAAUGGAACCAAGGUGGCUGCCAGAGGCUUCAGGUCCCCCAGUGUAGUGGGAACUGGACCGCAGUUUCUUCCAGAUGGCUUUCAAGGCUUCCCUUCCACUAUCAUGAGGGGAAAAACAGUCACUGUUUUGAGUCUGUUUACUCUCUAACGUGCACGUUGGAGGAGUAUAACUGGUCUACACAGCUGUCAAGUACAUUAGACCAACUGCAAGUGGCUUUGGUCUACCUUAUUUGAAUAUAUGGUUAUUAACAAUUACUGCAGAGAACAGAGAGGGGGGGGGGCUUUGUGUA